GCAUAUCUUAUAUAGAACGUGAUUGUUCUUAUCUUUCCUUCAUGUAAGUCUUUAACAAUUGCACUGAGGGAGAGAUUACAAAAUUCAAUAUGGGAACCAGCUCGACUUUUGUCUUACUUGUAUUGUUGAGCUCACCGUAUCUUCAAUCAGUGGUUGGGAUUUACACUUGUCUCUUCGGAAACGAUCUUCCAGAACCCCAGGAUGGUACCCUCGUUGCUAGGUGUGGCAUACACGAGACAUGUUAUCUAGAGCAGUAUAUCGCACCAGCCGGGUACCUCAGACAUAAAGCCGGAUGUAAAGAUACUCAGCAAUGCGGAGCAUCCACUGUAUCAGCACCAAAUCUCGGUGUGUGCAGUGACUGUUGUAAAUCAGAUCUGUGCGCCACUAGUUUAUGUGGAAACUCAGGCUGGCCCACAAACAUGGGACCUAUUUGCUACCACUGUGAUUAUCAUGUGGACAGUCCAGAUUUAUGUGAUUCCAUAAAAGUUUGCGGGAAAGAUGAGAGUUGUGGCGUGAAUAAAAUUGGAGGGAAAUACGAAGUAAAAUGCAUGAGACAGAGCACAUGUGGUCUUAUGACGAAUUCUAGCCCGUGCUCUUCGUGCUGUAAUACGCAGCUGUGUAAUUCAAACUGCAAUGCGAAUGGCAUGAUGUCUUCAGUUUGCGCUGAUGAUCCAAAGUGCCCUUCAUUAAAUCAGACGUUCCUUGCAUCGGGACAAGAUGUAUGUACCAUCGAUGGAAUGAAAACGUUUUGCAAUAAAUCUUGCUCACUUUGCACGAGCCCGACUACUACUGCACCGGUGGCGUCAACUGUAGCGUCAGUAAUGACGUCAUCAACACCAGUCCAAACUACAAUGGCAAACCCAUGUUCAUCAAAUCCAUGUGUUCACGGCGUAUGUACUGUAGCUGGCACGUCGUUUAAAUGUACGUGUAAUUCGGGAUAUAUUGGCAAUCUGUGUGACCAAAAGGACCCUUGCUCGCCAUCACCCUGUCAACAUGGUGUGUGUUCCGCUCUUAUAAACGGAGCUUUCCAAUGCACGUGUAACACUGGGUUCACGGGUCAACUUUGUGAUGCAGCCCAAAGCCCGUGCUCUGCAAGUCCUUGUGUGCAUGGUACGUGCACCGACAGUGGCGGCUCAUUCCAGUGUUCGUGCUUAAAUGGAUUUGUUGGGCAGUUGUGUGACAAAACGGACCCAUGCAGCACUUCCCCGUGUACACAUGGUGUGUGCACGACAUUAACAAAUGGUACAUUCUAUUGCACGUGCAGCUCGGGAUUCACCGGACAACUUUGUGAUAAAUCAACCAGCCCGUGUACAUCUAACCCGUGCAUUCAGGGCACGUGCUCUGCGAGUGGGAACUCCGUCACGUGUAAAUGCUAUACUGGCUUUAUCGGACAGCUGUGCGACAGACCGGAUCCAUGUAAAAACUCUCCAUGUGACCACGGGAUAUGCUCACCUUUGUCGACGGGGGCAUUCAGCUGCACGUGUAACUCGGGCUUUACUGGACUUCUGUGCGACGCUCCAAUUAGUCCGUGCUCUACAAACGCAUGUGUUCACGGCACGUGCCAUCAAAAUGGCAACAGUUUUCAGUGCACGUGCUCACCAGGAUAUAUCGGCACAUUAUGUGAUAAACACGACCCAUGUUCAGCUAGCCCAUGCCUCCAUGGCGUAUGCUCCACACUGACAAAUGGGACAUUUCAUUGUACAUGUAGCUCGGGAUUCACUGGCCUUCUUUGUGACCAAGCUAUUAGCAAAUGUUCAACAAAUCCCUGUGUACAUGGAACAUGUUCGGCCAAUGGAAUCCUAGGAUACAGAUGCACAUGUUACUCUGGCUAUGCUGGAAUCAACUGUGACAAAACCGAUCCAUGUCAAGCUUCGCCGUGUACACAUGGAGUCUGUUCAUCGUUGGUAAACGGAACAUUUCACUGCACAUGCGCAACCGGAUAUACCGGUCUACUUUGCGACUCGGCAAUUAGCGCGUGCACAACAAAUCCAUGUUUAAACGGAAACUGUAUUAGCCUGGGACAAAACAACUUCCAAUGCGCAUGUCACGCCGGAUAUAUUGGUCGAAAUUGUGACUUACCUGACCCAUGUGCACAUAACCCCUGUGUGAACGGUGCGUGCAGUUCUCUUGCUAACGGGACGUUCACGUGUACAUGCCAAUCAGGGCACACUGGUCCUCUGUGCGACAGAGGUGACCCUUGCUCACUCAAUCCGUGUACACAUGGACAUUGCACCUCAACUCAAACUGGCGGAUUCACGUGUACAUGCGCAGCGGGAUAUACGGGAUUUUUAUGUAACACCCAAAUAUCAUCUUGUGCGAACAACCCAUGUGUGAAAGGAUCAUGUACCGAUGUUGGGACAGGAUUUUCCUGCAAGUGUGAUUCGGGCUAUGUCGGCUUGCAUUGUGAUCAUGGUGAUUCCUUUUAUAUAUUAUUUGAGCGUCAUUAA